UGGGGACCCCGAGAGAGCUGAGCUGGGGGAGGGGGUUCUCACACACCCCAAGAGGAGUCGGGGUGCUGGGUCACCGCUUCCCUGCCCCGUGUCCCGCAGGCGGAGGUGCCGGGAAGGCCAUGGAGGCGGCGGUGCCGGCGGAGGAGUCGCUGGUGCUGGUGGAGUACGGCUUCGAGUACCGCGCCAAGGACGGCACCUUGGUCUCCAUCAAACCCAACGAGCGCUACAUCCUCCUCAAACGCACCAACCCCCACUGGUGGCACGUCCGGCGGAGCGGGGACGCCCGGCCCUUCUACAUCCCGGCCCAGUACGUCAAGGAGCUGCCCCCCAUCGCCUCCCCAGCCCCGCUCGACCCUCCGCCGUCGGGACAUGUCGCGACGGAGCCGGCCCCGCUCGUCCCCCAGCACCCACCAGCCUACGAGUAUCGGUUCGUCAGUGCCACCGAGCCGGGGGAGCCAUCGGGGGGGUGCCCGGUGCCCCGGCGGGACUCGGUGCCAAGGAGGGACUCGGUGCCCAGGAGGGACUCGGUGCCCAGGAGGGACUCGGUGCUCCAGAGGGAUUCCCCGCCGUCACUCAGCUCUUUCCGGGUCCCCUCGGGACUGACCCCGAAGCCCGCCGAGCCCGUGAGACCUUCGCACUCCCUGGAUGACCUGGCGCGGGUGACACCGUCACCACGCGGUGCCACCACCACGGGGGCUCGCGGGGACUCGCCAGGACACGCUCGGCCGCUCGGGAAGAGCCGCUCCGAGACGCUCUGCGCCCCCGGCAAGGACAGGGAUGUGGCCAGGAGGUGGCCGGGGGCCGGCCCUGCGGCUCAGGCGCGCAAGGAGCCGGAGGAGCCGCCUGAUCCCAUCUACCUCAACAUCCAGGAGCUGCGGGAAGAAGCCGCCGCUGCCGGCUCGGUGCCGGAGGAGCCCGGCGGCUCCGUGUCGGACUGGGAAACACACACGGACACGGAGAGUGGACAUUUGUUUUAUUAUAACCCCGUGACGGGCCAGACCACGUGGGAUUGUCCCUUUGGGCAGGCGGCCGACGGAGUGAGUCCCGCCGCCUCUCCCGCCUCCUCGCUCGCACACAGCCCGGAGUUUCCCGCCUGGGAACAGCACGUGGAUGAAGGAAGCGGCCAGACCUUUUUCUAUAAUUCGGUAACAGGUGAGACGUCGUGGGACCCCCCCAGUGCGGGAGACACAGGCAGCCCCCAGGAUAUGUACCCUGGGGGGACGCGGUACAGCCCCACGGAGCAGAGGCCGCCCACUCCAGAAACGGACUAUCCCGACCUGUCUCCAGAUGAGCUGGAGGGUUAUCCCGAGGAGGAUUACUCGCCCGUGGGCUCCUACGACCAGGGGGCUGCUCCCUGCUUGUCCCCGAGGCGCCCUGAGGAGCUGGGCUCACCCCCGGGCUGGUACGGGCACGGCCACCACGAGGGAGUCGUGUUCUACCCCGAGCACUUCUCUGACACGGUGCCAUCAGGUGGCCACCACCACCGUGCCAGCAGCAGCUCCAGCCAGGACAGCGGGCUCUUCGCCUGGCACGGCACCGUGUCACCGGCACUGGGCACCAAGGAGGAGAAGUUUAAAAGCCUCGAGAAAGCUGGGGUGCUCAACCGGACCAAGACGGUGGACAGAGGGAAGCGGCUCCGGAAGAACUGGAGCUCCUCCUGGACGGUGCUGGAGGGGGGGAUCCUCACCUUCUUCAAGGACUCCAAGCACUCAGCUGCCGGUGGCUUGCGGCACCCCAGCACCCUGACCACCCCCGAGCACACGGUGGAGCUGCGGGGGGCCAGCCUGGCCUGGGCCGGCAGGGACAAAUCCAGCAAGAAGAACGUCCUGGAGCUGAGGACGCGCGAGGGCUCGGAAUUCCUCAUCCAGCACGACUCGGAGCAGAUCAUCAGCGCCUGGCACAGGGCCAUCGCCGACAGCAUCGGCCGGCGGGGCUCCGACAUCCCCGGAGAGGAGGACGCCGAGAGCGGGGCUGAGCUCGGCUCCCGGGAGAAGCUGGGGAGCGGCGAGGAGAGGAGGGCAGAGAUCCAGGACCCGGCCAUGCGGGGCCGGUGCAUCCGGGACCUGGUGCUGUCCCUCCCGCCCGCCCACCACGACACCAUGAAGGUCCUUUUCCGCCACCUCUGCAGGGUGAUCGAGCACAAGGAGGAGAACAGGAUGUCGGUGCAGAGCGUCGCUAUCGUCUUCGGGCCCACCCUGCUGCGGCCGGCGAGCGAGGAGAGCAACAUGGCCAUGCACAUGGUCUUCCAGAACCAGGUGGUGGAGCACAUCCUCAACCACUACGGCUACAUCUUCCCGGAUGGAUAAACCCCCAGGACACACAGUGGGGACUCGACGCAGCAGCGUCUCCAGGAAAGGACCCAGACGUGUGUCACCUCGGGCGAUGGGAGGUGGCCGUGGCUCCACGGAGGACAGGAUGGUGGCCCAGCUCGAGGGAUGGGCACCCCGGGGGGUCCUCCUCGGCCACCCACUCCCACUGGGGCCGGAUCCACCCCAAGGGGCCGUGGGGUUUGCGGGGUCCCCACUGGUCAGUGGACUGUGGAGCCCUGCAGGGCGCAGCUCGCCGGGGCCAGCGGCACCGAGCCGGCAUUCCCAGGAGGAGA